UUGGCCCAGCCUGACGGGUCUCUUGCUGUUGCUGUGUGGGAAGAGACGGCUGGAGCUGCCGGCAGCUGAUGAGGAGCCGGAAGAGUGGAGAGAGAGUGGUGGUCCUGAAACAUAAACAUGAAACCAAUAAAGAAAAGUACAGGCUCUACACACAGCAAGGCCUCAAACUCCACUCGUGGUAAGAAACCAAAAAAAAAAGUUGAGGAAGGACGGCAGGAGGAAGAAGAGGAGCAGGAAGAAGAGUCUCCAGAACAAGCAGAGGAGUUCGAGGGAGGCUCAGGUCAACCCUUGGCAUUGGUAGCAAGGCAGAUGCAGGUAAAAAUUGACCUUUCUACCAGAGAAAUGGCUGACACCAGAGUGCAGGAUCAGGAAAUGCCUGCGCAGAGUAGAGAGCAGGAGAUGGAGGAUGAAACACAGUCUGUAAAAGCUCAACCUUGCUUGGAGGCCUCCAGUGAUAAUCAGUUGAGCGGCAAAGCAGGAUUUGAUCCAGCUCGAUGGGAGAUGCCUUCAAGCAGGAAAACUGCCACUUUCAAGUCUAGAGCCCCUAAAAAGAAAUAUGUUGAAGGCCAUGGGGCUCAGGAGGGACAAGAGGACUCCUCUAGUAGCAGUGAAGGACCUUCUGCUCUGCAGGAGUGUAGCACAGAGAAGCCUGUGACUCCAGCUCUUGUUUCAGAAGAUAUGUGCCCUUCUGUACGUUCUUCAUCCACAGAUACAGCUAGUGAGCAUUCUGCAGAUCUAGAAGAGGAAGCAGAGAAAGCAAAUGUGGAAAUUGAGCCUCCGAGUAGCUCAUGGACUGAAUUUGACCUUCGUCAUCUGCAAGCCAAGAGGGUUCUGGUCAGGAAAGGGGAUGCUUUCCAAGUUUGUCAAGUGAAGCAGGUGUGCAAUAAUCAGGAAGUAGCAGUGCAGAUCCCCGGGGAGCAAGCAGUUACAUUCCUGAAUAUCACACAAGGGCCGGUUCCAGAUCAGAUCCCUGAACCAAAUGAAGUGAAGGAGGGUACAGCAGUGUGUGCGUGCAUGGGCCCUGAAGACACAACGUUUCGGGAGGGCACUGUAGUGGAAAUUAUUCCAAAACCGUUAUCAUAUAAGGUUUGUUUCCAGCAGAAUCCUGGUCGAAGGGAACGUGAUUAUGCUUGGGUUCCACAUGCUAACAUUAGACUUCUGCGCUCUCCAUGGUGCAAAGAGCCAAUGCUUAUUGUUCCUAGAGCUGCCGAAGAAAAGCAGCAGCAGGCAAUGGGAAGGUUUUCAACGUCUCUGCCCAUGUCCCAGGGACCUGGGGGACCUUUAGAGAUUCCUGGAUCCCCACGUAAUUCAGACCAGAAGCACUUGGAAGAUGCAGAAGUAUCUAGGUUUAGCAUGCCUGUAAGUGAAGAGAAGGUGACUACUGUGCAGCAUCAAAUCCUUUCUCCACCUAAGUCCCCUGGUUAUGGCGUGAUCUUGGGCCGACUGCCUGAGCAGCCAUCACCCCUGCUAAGCCCAGAUGCAGGAAGCCGGAGCAGUUGUAGUAGUGUGUCCCUUGAUAAGUGCAGUACUCCGGGUUCUCGUUCCCGUACCCCUCUGACGGCUGCUCAGCAGAAGUACAAGAAAGGCGAUGUAGUCUGCACCCCAAAUGGGAUCCGCAAGAAAUUCAAUGGCAAGCAAUGGAGAAGACUGUGCUCUCGUGAUGGCUGCAUGAAAGAGUCUCAACGUCGAGGCUACUGUUCUCGACAUUUGUCAAUGCGCACCAAGGAGAUGGAGAGCAUGUCAGAUGGUAGAGGAGGGCGGGAAGGAAGUGCCGAGUUUGAGUGGGAUGACACAUCAAGAGAUAGUGAGGUCAGCAGCAUACGCACUGACUCUCGACCACGCCUUGUAGCCCCCACUGAUCUCUCACGCUUUGACUUUGAUGAGUGUGAAGCUGCCAAUAUGUUGGUAUCUCUCGGCAGCUCAAGAUCUGGAACCCCAUCCUUCUCACCUGUUUCCAAUCAGUCUCCAUUCUCCCCAACGCCAUCUCCUUCACCAUCCCCUCUGUUUGGUUUUCGGCCAGCUAACUUCAGCCCCAUCAAUGCUUCCCCAGUUAUACAGCGUGCAGCACGUAGCCGGCACGUCAGUGCAAGCACCCCUAAAGGAGGACCAGCGUUGACUCCUGAGAUGUCUUAUCACUCCCAUCACAGGGAGAGACAGCCAGCUGGUAUCUUACCAUCAUUCCAGACAAACCUUACCUUCACUGUGCCCAUGAGCCCUAGCAAGAGGAAGCCAGAUUCUCACCAUGGCAGCGUCAGCUCUGCUCCUGAUUUUCAGAAGAGUGACAGCAUGGACUCUGGAGUAGACUCCGUGUCUCAUACUCCAACCCCCUCCACCCCAGCUGGUUACCGCUCUGUUUCCCCUGCUCAACUCUUCUCCCGUUCUCAGCAGGCCUCGCCAUCUAUGCUGUUGUCACCUCCUGCAGGUUUGACUUCUGACCCUGGUCCUUCUGUUCGUAGGGUGCCAGCAGUACAGAGAGACUCUCCUGUCAUUGUUCGCAACCCUGAUGUUCCCCUUCCCUCGAAAUUUGUAGAAAAGCCCCAAGAUAGUGGAUCUCGUGGUAUAGGUGUACAUGGGGCAGGUGGAGGUAGCCCUAGGCGAAUGGUUAAAGUUUGCACUAAGGAUCAUCCUUCCAAAACUCAACUGCAGAUUCCAGUGCCUAUCAAUGCUACACAAAUACAAAACGUGGCACGAACUAUGCCUUCUGGGCAGCCAGGCACAGGAGAGAUGGCCACGUGUACAUCAUCUGGGCCAACAGACCACCCUCCAGCCGUGUUCAGCAUCUCCUCACCAUUCCAGCCUGUUGCCUUCCAUCCUUCACCUGCAGCCCUGCUCCCAGUAAUUGUUCCCAGUGAUUAUACCAGCCAUCCUGCACCCAAGAAGGAGAUAAUUAUGGGUCGACCAGGCACAGUUUGGACUAAUGUAGAGCCACGAUCUGUUGCGGUGUUCCCAUGGCACUCCCUGGUACCUUUUCUGGCUCCAAGCCAACCCGACUCCUCCGUCCAGCCCAACGAGGGACAGCAGCCCGUCAAUCACCCUGGUGGAUUAAAUCAGAGCAAAGAACCCCCAGAGUCUGCAUCGGUGGCACAUGAACCUAUGACUGUGCCGAGCAACAAUGAGGAUAGGUGUAUUGCUUCCCACACAGACACGGGGCCUCCACCCCCUAGUGAGGAGCAUACGAAGCACCCACAGCAUCAAGAGAGCAUAACGCAGGGUGCCACUGGGGACCAGAGAGGGGAUAGUGAGACUGAGAGUGACCACGAUGACGCGUUCUUUUCUAUUGGACCACCAGACUUGCAUCUUCCAGUACAUGCUGGGAAGCGUCGGACACAGUCUCUUAGUGCUCUGCCCAAGGAUCGAGACUCUUCCUCUGAGAAGGAUGGACGAAGCCCCAACAAACGAGAGAAAGAUCAUAUUCGCCGUCCCAUGAAUGCCUUCAUGAUCUUCAGUAAGAGACACAGAGCCCUGGUACAUCAGCGCCACCCAAAUCAGGAUAAUCGUACUGUCAGCAAGAUCUUGGGGGAGUGGUGGUACGCUCUGGGGCCCAAAGAGAAGCAGAAGUAUCAUGACCUGGCUUUUCAGGUGAAAGAAGCGCACUUUAAGGCCCAUCCUGACUGGAAAUGGUGCAACAAGGACCGCAAGAAAUCCAGCUCAGAUGUAAAGCAGGUUAUACCAGGUCACUGGGGUGUACACAAGGAGAUGAGGGAGAGAAGCAUGUCUGAGACAGGGACCACGGCAGCCACAGGGGUGUCUUCAGAAGGUCCCCCUUCAGGACACCUCUUGGCCUCUGAGCCAAAGUUGGGAGCUCACUCUUCAGGGCCGCCCCCUGGAGACCGCCUGCCUCCGUCCUCCAGCUCCACCUCUCAGCUAACCAGGCCUCGAGCCUUCUCUCAUAGUGCAGUACAGAGUAUGGAGCACCGAGAUGACAGUCAGGCUCUGCAAGAGCUCAAACAGAUGUGCUCCAGCAGAUCUCCAUACUCCAAUCAGAAAGCCACAUUUGGGACCCCAGAGUCUUCCACAUUCUCUACUCCCACAAUCAGCGAAGCCUCUGCAUGUCCUGCGUCCAGAACCUGUCCUCCUCUGGCUGGUUCAUACUGUCCUCAACGCACAGCCAGCGAGGACAUGACCAGUGACGAAGAGAGAAUGGUCAUUUGUGAGGAAGAGGGAGACGAUGAUGUCAUAGCUGAUGACGGAUUUGGCUGCCCAGACAUAGACCUAAAGUGUAAAGAACGUGUCACAGACAGCGACAGCGAGGGUGUCUCUGGGGAUGAGGUAGAGAGGAAGGUGCCUGCACAGGGAGUCUUCUCGCCUGUUAUACUGCCCUCCUCGUUAUCCGGCACUUACUCCCUUUCCAAUGAUGAUGUGAAGUCCGAAAGAUCCCAAAACGUGUCACACUCCCCAAAAACCAGUGACCACCCACAGACUUCUUUUCCCCGUGGAUAUCCCCCUCUUCCUCCUGCUAAGCCCCCUCCCAGGCCCCCCGCACAGCAUCCUACCAAAAGACCUCCAGAGGUGCGGUUCACCAUGGUGAACCCUAGCAUUGGCUACAAAAGAAAGCGCAGUGUAGAGUGCGGGGGGCAGAAAGUUUCCGUGGAGGUUUCGCUCCCUGUGUCUCAGUACACCACGUACACAACUCAGUCCGUCAUUUCCUCUGGUCCGCCCCAAGCUCUGGUUAUGCCCAGUUUACCAAGUACCUAUCCUUCAAGCACAGUAUAUUCUUCUGCACCGAGGCUCUAUGAAGCACACAAGGGGACUUCUGACAACCGAUCCCAUGUUUCCACCAUGGGGACAGUACUUGUGUCAGGGCCGCAAGGACUUGGUAUUCUGCCUACUAGUUUAAAACCAGCCUCCACAGCAGUUACCAAUGUGGUAAGACCAGUUAGCAGCACCCCUGUGCCUAUUGCCAGCAAACCCUUGCCAGUUUCAAGGAGCAGCAGUAACAGCGAUUUGUGCGAAGGCAGGAUAUCUGGUUCACCUGUGGGCAUUGGAGUGGUGUAUGCUCAUGAAAGGAAGCCAAUUCAGCAACUGGCAUCCCAAGCUACUUCACAAACACAGGGCAAGCCAGCUGGCGGGCUGGUAACAAAUCUACUUGUAGGUGCACCAAAUUAUGGACAGCCAGCACCCAGUUCUGGGACAGCCUCUGCUCCAGUAACCGCUGUACAGUUCAUUACCCAGAAUCCCACAGGCAGUCCCAAUGGAGCAGUACCGCUAGGAAUCCUGCAAUCACAGCAGCUGCUCCCUGCUGCCCCGGGCAAGAGGGGCAGCAUCACACAAGUGCAGUACAUCCUACCUACCAUCCCACAGCAGCUGCCAGGAGGCACAGCAGCAAGCAUUCACUUUACCCUCCCUCCAACCAACGCUAAGGUCAUUGCAGCCCCUCAAGCCCUUCCAAUCGUUCAACCGGGGCCUGCUGCCAGCCCAUCAGUGGGAAUAGUGUCCGCUGCUGGCAAAGCUCAAUCUGUGUCUCCUGCCCCGACCCCUGGAGGUGCCACUCAGCUGCUUCCUGGCCCAGGAAUUCUUUCACCAAACACACAGGUUCAGGGAAAGAUGCUUGUCCCCAUGACUGCUCCCCAUGUGGCUGUGCGUACUGGACCGACUGCACAACUCCCUCUAGUAACCCCUCCCUUCCCCAUACAAAAUGGAGGACAGCCCGCCAACAAGAUAAUUCAGAUCACUCCCAUGCCUGUGGUUCAGUCACCUGCUCCACCCCAGAGUGCCUUAGCGAACCAAGGCAGUUCCACACUCCAAAGUGGUAUCCCUGUCACCAUGGCAACUGCCACUGUAAUGGCAGCAUCAUCCCAACCUCAGAAAGUGAUCUUGCCACCUUCCACCAGGAUCACAUACGUGCCCUCUGCAGGGGGUCAUGCGCUCCCCCUGGUAACCAGCAGCUCUCACUGCCAGACGGUACCUGCUGGCUCCACAACCUGUGUUCAGACCCAACUGGGGACUGGGUCUAUGGCCCUUGGAUUCACAACCAUCGGACCAAGUGGGCAAGCAAUCGUCCAACCACUGUUGGCAGGUCAAAGUCAGCUUCUUACCCCUGGGCAAGUGGCUGUUUCUCCAGCCUCAACUCCUCCUGUGCCCUCAUCAUGUAGCAACCAAGUGUUAACAGUUUACCCUUCGGUUGGGUCCAACACCCUCACUGUUCCUGCUCCUUCACCUGCACAGAGCCUGGUGUACACUGUGGCAAGCACUGGCAAUAUGCCAGCUGCUCCUGCCACCAUCCUGCCUAAGGCAGUUGCUUCCACACAGAUGAACUGUGCUUCACCACUACCAUGUACAGGAGGAAAUACCAACCAGGUUGCAACUGUCACCGCUGCCUCCGUUACCUUCAGUCUGGUAACACCGAAGACUCAGAGGAACCUUCCAAAACCACCUCAAAAAGUGAAAGCUGCCAUUGCAAACAUCCCAGUGGGGUCAUAUGAAGUGACACCGCCAUCCACGUGUGUGCGUUCCACCCCACGCCACUCUCCUUUACCCCCGAGGGAAGAGAACACAGAGUCUAGAUACACAGGGGAGCAUCGUGGAGUGUCUUUGAGUCGGGAAGCACCAAGAGAACCUCCUACAGCCUCUGUGAGCCCUUUCCCUCCAGCACCUCCUCAAGACCCUGCACAAGGAAAGCAGAGGAUGUCCGCGGCAGAGGAUCGACCUUCCCGAGAUGUAUGGCUAAAGAGUGUAACUGAAGAUCGAGCUGUGGCGUCCCCUCAGACUGGAUCCUCCGUACAGGCAGAUGACCAUCGAGAACCCCCCCAAUCGCCUACUAUCAAGAAAGAGCCUGGGUUUUCUUUAGAUUGGAAAGUAACCGUAUCGGAGAGUCGCUCAGAAACAACCAGCAUGUCACCUGCUCCACCACCUUCGUCAUCUCCAGCAGCCGUUCCUGUCACCCCAGGUGUGAGCGCUGUUGCUGGAGACAGUCGGGCCACCAGUUCCAUGUCCGAAUCUUCUGAGAGGAAGGAUGGAAUUGUCAAGAAAGUGAAAGUGCGUCCACCUCCUCUGAAAAAGACCUUUGACUCGGUAGACAACAGGGUCCUGUCAGAAGUGGAUUUUGAGGAGCGCUUUGCUGAACUUCCCGAGUUCAAGCCAGAGGAGGUUCUGCCCUCUCCAACGCUGCAGUCUCUAGCUACCUCUCCUCGUGCUAUCCUGGGUUCCUACCGUAAAAAGCGCAAGAAUUCCACUGAUUUAGACUCCUCAACAGAAGAUCCAAUCUCACCCAAGAGGAAGAUACGAAGACGUUCAAGCUGUAGUUCCGAGCCCAACACACCGAAGAGUGCCAAGUGUGAAGGAGACAUCUUUACAUUUGAUCGAACAGCAAGUGAGGCAGAAGACAUGUUGGCUGAGUUGGAAUAUGAGAAGGCCCCUUACUCCUCACUGAGACGAACGCUGGAUCAACGAAGAGCUCUGGUCAUGCAGCUCUUCCAAGACCAUGGCUUCUUCCCUUCCUCUCAGGCCACCGCUGCCUUUCAGUCUCGCUACUCGGACAUCUUCCCCACUAAAGUCUGUCUACAACUCAAGAUCCGCGAGGUCCGACAGAAGAUCAUGCAGGCCGCAACCCCUACAGAACCUCCCCAGUUUCCCGAGCAUCCUUCCCCCAGCACAUCAGAGGCUGGACCCUCCGACAUGCAGCCACCCCAAGAUCCCACUUUGCGGCCAAGCGAGCCACCUGAAACAACAUGGGAAGGAGGCCAAGAACCCCAAGAUCCUUCAAGCAGCAGAUGAGUGGCCAAGGGUGAGAUGCAUCAUGUAUUGUCACCCAGCCACCAACUGACCUUCAUGACUGGAUGGGCAACCUCCCUUGAAGGAUACCCUGGUGUGAAGUGGGGUUAACUACUAAAUCCUUUUGCAUUGAACUUUCACGCAUAGACAAUCCACCUAUUCCAGGGUAGACUGUGCACUCUGUGCUGGCAGCAGCAUCCUCCUCAAGGCAGUGGCAACCAGGCUGUGGCAUCUUCUCAUCCCACAUGUAGAGAGACCCUAUGUGUUGACUUUUUCCUGUUGCCAGCGAGACAGACACAAGGCAGUACUAGCCUGCAUCAUGGGAUAAUGUCCAUACAGGCACCUGCACAGACACAAGUCCUACACAGUGCUGCCUUGUCUUUCGUCCACAAACUGUCACAUCCCAACACGUUGCUGAUUCCGUAGUGGGGUCAACAAGUUGUGUGAAACUCUGAAGGAAAUGCGGGUUGACAAUUUGAUACCGCUCUAGUUUUCAAACACAUAGGCUAGCUAAUGAUAAUACCAAGAUCACUGCGGCACCAGACUCAGGGCCCACUAAAUGACUAGAAGAUGCUUAUUUGGCGGACUGUGGGCUGCACCAGAAUGUCUUAAGUCCACUAAGGAAUGACUGUGAGAUGCAGUGACUAACGGGUGAAUGGAAAGUGUGUAGUGAAAUAGCAGGGGAACAGUGGGUGUACUGCCGGAUGCGUUUGGGAGUGUAAUGGGUAUACUUACACUGAACGAACACGUGGUUCCAACAGUCUGUCGUCCCUUUUACUGCAGCUGUGAUGAGAGAACGGGAUUUUUAUGGGUAAAUCAUAUUUUCUUAUGACACUUUAGUUGGGUAAGAAGCAGCUGCACUGUCAAGAGCUGUAUAAAUAUAUAUAUAUAUAAAUUAUAUAUAGACAUUUUUAUGCAAGAUGAGUGGUGUGUAAAUUCGGUCUGAUCAGGUCAUCCCAGGCAGUAUAUCAAUCGGACAUAUCUGCCCAACACACAAAUAUAUGCACUGUGUGUAUGUUCACUAUAUACACGGACGUGGAUAUAUCUGUAUGUAAGGGGCUUCAAGGAAUAGGUGUUCAUAACACAAAAUCCUGACUGUGUUGUUUGCCCCUUUAGGUAUGUUUCAGCGUUGAGAAAGUUGAGGAUUGGUAGACUGUCCUCCCAUCAUGCAAUAUGCAUAAAUCUUUCCACUUACAAGCUUUUUACUUAAAUUUUUUUUUUUUUUUUUUACAUUUGCUGCCACUGUAGAAUCUGUGUAGUGAUUAAUAUAAUGCUAUACUAUGAGGACUAAUCUGCAGCCUGUAUAAUGAUGCAUACAAACGGAUGCUGAACGGACUGUGCCAGAGGUUAUAAGGAUAAGAUUGGACACUGAACGGACUGUGCCAGAGGUGAAGUGAGUCACAUGUAGACAGAUGCUGUAUACGGAUAGGACCUGUGCAAGGUGUGUAGUGAUGCAUUCAGAUGCUUACUGUGCAGGCUGUAUAGUGUUGCGUUUUAUACUGAUGGGACUGUGCUGGCAGGGUACUGAGCUGGUAAGGUGCUGCAUGGACUUUGUAGGAUACAAUUGGAUGUGGUGAGCACUCGUUAGGCUGUUUAGUAAUACAGUUCUUUAGUAAGAAGGCUGUGUGAUGUCUGUACAUUGGUGUAUGGUGCUAUAUUACAGUAUACGGCUAGGUGCAUUGCAGGCAAAAUCGGAGGUUGUGAUCUACAGGCAGUAGUUGAGAUGUGUAUGUCGUCUGUAUAGAAUUACAUCAUACCUAGAAAGAGACAACAAUGUAAAAUGGGAAUGUAACUAAUAUGUACACUAUACAUGAAUUAUCUGCUUUUAUCGGGCUAGGGAAGAGACCCACCGUGUAAGUGCUCCAGCUGUUUGGUGUAGUUAAAACAGUCGCACAUAUCACAGGUUGAGAUGCUGGUUUACGGUGCAAACACAAGGAUGAUUCUGUUAUACAGAACUGCAUCCCGCUUUAGAGAUCAUAACGUGCUAUAUAUAGAAUGAAUGUGUUGUCCAUAAACAUGUGCAAGUUUCAGUGAAUACAAAUGGAGGGUACACUGCAUUUGUACUCUAUAUUCAUAGUUGCACACUGCUCUAUAAAGUGACAGGCGCUGUCAUAGGAUACACAGGGCCCACCUUGGUCAGUCCUCUACGGGCCGUGUAUUCUGUACAGCGCAUUUGAUGGGCGGCUUCUAUUUGCAAAUCACUUUGCUUUUUGAGUUUUGGCUAUAUUUCUGAUGGGUGGCCAACAUUAUUCCAAAACAAAGAUGCUGUAUUUUCAACUAUAUGUCAACUUCUCAAAAGUGCUGCAGGUCACUGCCUUUUUACAGGACUGCUUAAUUGCCAUGGCUCCCCCAUGUGGUGGUGGGAGUGAACAAGAUUCAUGCCAUCUACGCUUUAUGGAUCCAGAAGUAUGUCGGCAGUGUGAAAGCAGAGAGAUUGGUACAAUGCAGUGUGACGCUCAGUCAUUUUUAUAUACAGCCACGUGUUUCCUGGAGAGGCUGAGCUGCUUUGUAGUGUCUUAGCAGGCCUUUACAUUUUUAACCCCACGUGAACUGGAGCAGGCAGAGGAGAAGCGCCACCACAUCUAUAAGUCCGAACAUGGCUGCAUUUUGUGCUUACAUUUUGUUUUGUUAGAGAGAGAGAGAGAGAGAGAGAAAGAGAGAGAGAAAACCGAGACUGAACAGACAUGUUGAUCAUGUGCAAUAUUUCUUACUGUAAUUAAAAUAAGACUGAAAGAU